GCGGCGAAGGCCGAGGAGGCCGCGGAGGAGGGGCCACCCAAGUACACAAAAUCCAUUUUGAAGAAGGGCGAUAAAACCAACUUCCCGAAGAAAGGCGACACUGUCCAUUGCUGGUACACGGGAAAACUGCAGGACGGAACAGUCUUCGAUACCAACAUCCAAACAAGUGCAAAGAAGAAAAAAGCAGCCAAACCUUUAAGUUUCAAAGUUGGCGUCGGAAAGGUCAUCAGAGGCUGGGAUGAAGCGCUCCUAACCAUGAGCAAGGGAGAGAAGGCGCAACUGGAGAUCGAACCAGAGUGGGCGUACGGCAAGAAAGGGCAGCCUGAUGCCAAGAUCCCACCGAAC